GAGAUUGGAUAGCGGCGGGGCUCAGGGAAGGGGCCGCGCGCCUCCCGGGCCGGCAGCUUUGCAAGUCCGCGUUGUAUAUCGCAGUGGCUGCGCCCGGGAUAGCUGGCUGCGCCGCCGCGCACGUGCCUAGGUCCGACGCCCUCCUCCCUUUGCCCAGGAGUUCCUUCUGUCCCGGCUGUGUUCCGUCUCGCCCUGAGGUUCACUCCAUCCUCGGCGCCCCAGCCUUUCGCCCAGCGCCUCCAAGCUUUGGACCUUGACUUCUGCAAAACUAGAUGGUCACAGCCAUGAAUGUCUCAUACGAAGUAAAUCAGCUAUUCCAGCCCUAUAACUUCGAGCUGUUCAAGGACAUGAGGCCCUUUUUCGAGGAGUAUUGGGCAACCUCAUUCCCCAUAGCCCUGAUCUACCUGCUUCUCAUCGCUGUGGGGCAGAACUACAUGAGGGAACGCAAGGGCUUCAACCUGCAAGGGCCUCUCAUCCUCUGGUCCUUCUGCCUUGCAAUCUUCAGUAUCCUGGGGGCAGUGAGAAUGUGGGGCUUUAUGGGGACUGUGCUACUUACCGGGGGCCUAAAGCAAACCGUGUGCUUCAUCAACUUCAUGGAUAAUUCCACAGUCAAAUUCUGGUCCUGGGUCUUUCUUCUCAGCAAGGUCAUAGAACUCGGAGACACAGCCUUCAUCAUCCUGCGUAAGCGGCCACUCAUCUUUAUUCACUGGUACCACCACAGCACAGUGCUGGUGUACACAAGCUUUGGAUACAAGAACAAAUUGCCUGCAGGAGGCUGGUUCGUCACCAUGAACUUGGGUGUGCAUGCCAUCAUGUACACCUACUACACUAUGAAGGCUGCCAAUGUGAAGCCCCCCAAGAUGCUGCCCAUGCUCAUCACCAGCCUGCAGAUCUUGCAGAUGUUUGUAGGAGCCAUCGUCAGCAUCCUCACGUACAUCUGGAGGCAGGAUCAGGGAUGCCACAACACGAUGGAACACUUAUUCUGGUCCUUCAUCUUGUAUAUGACCUAUUUCAUCCUCUUUGCCCACUUCUUCCGCCAGACCUACAUCAGGCCCAAGGUCAAAGCCAAGACCAAGAGCCAGUGAAGGGUUGGAGAGAACAAUGAAGCUCCAAGCUCUCUCUUCUCCAGGGCACCAAGAGGCUGGGCUUAGUUUUGGGAGAAUGAUUAGGUUGCCUUACCUGCAUGGUUUCCCCAGAGGAUGUGUGCCCCAAGGUGGCUGGAAUUUUUGACAGACAAGAAGGGUGACCCUGGGAUGGGGGUGUGGUCUGUUACUUUGAUGUUUUCUGUUUUUAAUGUGAAGGCCAAGCAGGCCCUGGGAUGGGAGUGGGGCGGAGGAGGGUCCCAAGAGCUGAUUAUUUAAUUUCUAUCUAGAAAUCUUUCUUCUUCUUGCUCUAUUUUUUUUAAAUUGAAGACUUCAACAAAA